UCAGGGAACAACAGAGUGCGGAAAAACAAUAAGCGAACUAGCUGUUCGUAUUUUUAUAAGUUAAACUCGUUUUUGUUCGUUUCUUUAAUUAAAAUGUGCUCUGGCUGUGUGCAGAAAGAAUACCCAGACAGGGGUAACACCUGCCUAGACAAUGGCUCUUAUCUCAUGAACUUUCUGGGCUGUGCCAACUGUCAGCAGCGAGACUUUGUACUGAUCAGUAACAAGACCAUGGUGGAUGAGGAUGAGGAGGAGAUUGUCACUUACCUGCACAAGUGCAAGAAUUGUGAUCAUGUCAUAGCAAGACACGAGUACACCUUCACAGUGGUGGACGACUAUCAGGAAUACACAAUGUUGUGUAUGCUGUGUGGAAAGGCUGAGGAUUCCAUCAGUGUAAUGCCAGAUGAUCCCAGACAAUCUGCCCCACUGUUUUAGAUCGGUAUGCACAGAGCAGGGAAAGAGAAAAGAGACAGGAAAUCCUUCCUAAAUAGGCGAGUUUGUCCCUGUUCUGGGGAAGUACCACAUAUGCAGGGUUCCAUCCAUCAUCAGCUCUGGAGAAGACCAUCAUGUCCAUGUCUAAUUUUUUUAAAAACUUUAUGUAUGGUAGUAUGUGGUAACAUAGAGGAACCUGUUAACUAAAACUGAAAUACAGGUCUGAGACAAGCUUAUGAGUUUAUGAUCUAUGAUAAGGCUAUGAUCUGCUGAUGUGUACAGUUGUAUACAGAAGCGCUCCCUGUUUUGUUGAUUUUCUAAGUGAAAAUAAGUUGACACAUCUUCUGCAGAGGACACACUGCACAUUUUAAUGCAGUGUGGUAAUGUUUAAUUGCUUAAUUUGAUAUGGAGGGGGGCAUAUUUAAAAUUUUUAUUUUUUUUUCAAAAUCCAACUUUUUAAUCAACAACCAGAGGUGUUCAAACUUUUGCUUACAACUGUAACAUACAGCCUCAGUAUUGUUUCUGACAUGCUGUCCCCUUAUGAACCUGGUUGUUGAAACUAAAAACAGUAUACAGAGUGGAUAUAAUCAAUGUGCAACUACCAGGCUUCAAUCUAGGGUACUGCUAGAGUAUGAAUGAUUUGGGGUGGACAAAUAACAAUAAAAGAAAAUCACUGAAAUUGUGUAAAUAGGCCCUGUUUGUUUGAGAGAUGAGAACAUGUACUUCAGUUCAGUCACUGUUUCAGUAUUUCUGCUUGCUGUAUAGACACCUAUGUAUGGUAAAAUUACUGAAUACUAAAUUUAUUAAACUGUAUUUCUAGUAUAGACAAUGGAAAAAAAUACAAAAAAUACUUUUGUAUGCUUUGUCCAACAGAAAUAAAAUGUGCCAUCACACAUUA